AUGUCUGGUUUCGUAGAAGACGUGCCCUGUAUGAACUUUGAAGCCAACAUAUUUGCAAAGAGCCUGUGCCAGCACUGUUUCCGAGCCUCAGGGGCUCACCAGCAUGCUGUCCAGGAGCGUGCCGUGGAGGUCGCAGGGCGCGAUGCCGGCAGCAACGCAGACCCAAAUGGGCCCUGGGACGCCCUCCGCAUUUUAGCCCCCCAGUGCGAGGUGUACGUGUGCGUGGGGCCAGCGGAGGGGACGGAGCGCUGGCACGAGAGCAGGGGAUCUCCCCUGCUCAGCCCUGGAGCUGAGGGUGAGCACAGAGAAACCGGCACCGACCCCAGCGCCUGUGCCGAAGCCAGCUCCGCGCUUGCCAGGCCCACAAAAGCUGCCGGUCUGCAUUGCAGAGAUCUGCCCUAUCUUGACUCCCAGGACGGGGAAAUGACCCGGUUGUGGGAGAACACUUUGAGAUCGGGCAAACGGGACAUGAUGAGCUACGUGGGCCACAAAGAGGAGGUGCGGCUGCGAGCCUCGCAGGCAGACAGACCCAGGAAAUCAGAGACCCUGGAGGCAUUCCAGGCCCUGGAGGAAGGCCGCGUAGACCGGCUCGAUGGCAAGACCCCGGUGCCACCCAGCAAAGGACGCCUAGUUCGGAGGCAGUCCAGCCCCAGCCUGCCCAGGGAGCCCCAGCUGGGUGGAGGUGCGUUCCUACCGCAGAGCAGCGCCGGCUCCUCGGGAAGCCCACAGCCACUCUCGAAUGCCAGCGAGAAGCACAAGAAGCCAGAUCUCCUCAAUUUCAAGAAGGGAUGGAUGUCCAUCCUGGACGAGCCAGGAGAGUGGAAGAAGCAUUGGUUCGUGCUGACCGACUCGAGCCUGAGGUAUUACCGGGACUCGAAUGCGGAGGAGGCCGAUGACCUCGAUGGAGAAAUUGACCUCCGCUCCUGCACGGACGUGACGGAAUUUGCGGUGCAGCGCAACUACGGCUUCCAGAUACACACGAAGGAUGCUGUCUUCACCCUGUCGGCGAUGACCUCGGGCAUCCGGCGCAACUGGAUCGAGGCCCUGAGGAAGAACGUGCGCCCGGUCAGCGCUCCGGACGUCACCAAGCUCUCCGACUGCGAUAAGGAGAACUCUUUCCAUAACUGCAUCUCCCAGAAGGGCUUGCUCCGGACAGAGGAGCAGCAGCGACCAGGCUCGGGAUCCGACGGGAACUUGAAGGGCAGUCACUGGAAGGCAGACGGGCAGCGCCAUGCCUUUGACUACGUGGAGCUGUCUCCCUUGCCACGGGACCCCGGGAAUCAGGGGUGCCCGCAGAAGACGAGAGGGAGCGUGAGGAUCUCUGACCAAACUCACAAGCAUGAGGAGCUGGAGCGGGAUCUGGCCGUCCGUUCGGAGGAGAGGCGGAAAUGGUUUGAGACCCCCGACGGCAGGGUCCCAAAUAGCGAUGGCCUGGCGGGGGACUCUUCCUGCAAGGUGGGGGAGAAGGACCUCCCCGCUCCCCCGCUUUCGGAGGACCAGCGGAUUCGGCUGAAUGAGGAGAUAGAGAAGAAGUGGCUGGAGCUGGAACGUCUGCCCUUGAAGGACUCGCGGCGGGUGCCCUUGACCACGAACCAGAGCAAGGGGAGCCAUGCAGACACCAAUGAGGAACUGAAAAAAGAGGUGCAGUUGCUGCGGGCGCAGCUGGAGUCCUGCCUGGCCAGAAACGAGAGCCUUCGGGAGGCGGCGAAAUCCCAGGGAGACGGCCACGUGCCCCGGGGGUACAUCUCGCAGGAGGCCUGCGAGCGCAGCCUGGCCGAGAUGGAGUCGUCCCACCAGCAAGUGAUGGAGGAGCUCCAGAGACACCACCAGCGGGAGCUGGAGCGGCUGCGGGCCGGGGAAGGGAGCCUGAUCCCUCAUCUCCCAUUGUCCCCCUCUGCAGCCAUCGAGGCGCUGAAGAAAGCCCACCGGGAGGAGAUGAACAAGGAGUUGGGCAGAACGCGAAGCUUCCAGCAGUGCGGCUCAGUCCCAGAUGCCCUCCAGAAGCAGCACCAGUUGGAUGUGGAUUCCCUGAAGCGGGAGCUGCAGGUGCUUUCUGAACAGUACUCCCAAAAGUGCCUGGAAAUCGGGGAGCUCACCCAGAAGGCAGAGGAGCGGGAGCAGACGCUGCUGCGCUGUCAGCAGGAGGGGAAGGAGCUCCUCCGGAAAAACCAGGAGCUGCAGACCCGCCUCUCGGAUGAGGUGCUGCUGCGGGUGAAGGAGAAUGAGCUCCAGUACCUAAAAAAAGAGGUGCAGUGCCUCCGGGAGGAGAUGCAGAUGAUGCAGAAGGAUAAGAGAUUUGCCUCAGGGAAGUACCAAGACGUCUAUGCGGAGCUGAAUCACAUUAAGGUGCGCUCAGAGCGAGAGAUCGAGCAGCUGAAAGAGCACCUGCGCCUGGCCAUGGCGGCUCUGCAGGAGAAGGAGUCGCUGUGCAACAGCGUCGGCGAGUAA